AUGACGGGUGGCCUUCUCAGUCAACGUCCCGAUGUUCAGCUACCCUUGCGCUUCUUUGAGCUUGGCUUUCUGCUUGGGCAUGGAAUCCCGCGCUCUCGCUCUAGGCCUGAGUUAUUGAGAGCCCUGGUAUUAACUGACUCUAAUGUUGGAUGCGUGUUCUUGUCUGCAGGGAUAGAGCUGUGUCUGCCGGGAUGCCGUUUCUCUAUGACCAUGGUGGCUAACUUCGUGGCGUUGGCGGGGCAGCUGCUCAUGCCGGGACUGGUAGUCCUCUGUCGUGAUUGGCAGAUACUGCAAGCAGUCGUAAUCUGCCCUCUCUUACUCAUGCUGUCCUAUAUCUGGAUUUUUCCGGAGUCUCUGCGCUGGCUGCUUGCGACACAGCAGUACAAUCGCUCCAAAUGGAUCAUGGAGCGCGUCGCCAAGAAGAACAACAUCAACCUAGAGGAGGACGCAGAGGAGCUCAUGACCGAGCUAAACCAAGCCUUGCCGAAGCAACCCAAGAAGACAUGCAUCGUGAAGAUGGUUGGCACAAGGAACCUGUGGAAGAAUAUAGUAGUGCUCUGCGUCAACUCACUGACAGGUUACGGGAUACACCACUGCUUUGCACGCAGCCUGACGGAAGACCAGCCGACCUCCAUCUUCUCUAAUUUCUAUGCCAAAUACUACACCAUGGGGGGCACUGCUCUGGCAUCAUGCGUGGCGCUCUGCCCUGCCGUGGGCGUGAUGGGGCGGCGCGGGGGACUCCUCAUGUUUAUGAUCAUCACAGCCCUGGCCUCUCUCCUUCAGCUCGGCCUGCUAAACCUGGUGGGGAAGUACAGCGUUCACCUGAAUAUAGACAACUCUGGUACGCUGAACUCCAACUUUUCAAUGGCUUUCUCCAUCAUUGGCAUGUUCUCCUCCCACGCUGUCAGCAACCUAAGCAUCUUUUUUUGUGCUGAAAUCACCCCAACUGUGAUUAGGGGUGGCGGUCUAGGCCUCGUCCUGGCCAGUGCUGGUUUUGGCAUGUUGACGGCACCCAUCAUGGAGCUGCAUAACCAGAAAGGAUAUUUUCUGCACCACAUCAUUUUCGCCUGCUGCACUCUUAUCUGCAUCAUUUGCAUCUUGCUGCUGCCCGAGACUCGCAAUCGGCCUCUUCCAGAAACGUUAGGGGACGGUGAAAGCUACACCCGCCAACCGUUACUGCCACCUCGCAAACCGGGCGAGCAACGCCUUCUGCUGACCAAGACCGAGAGCCGCGAGUAUGCGAGGGUAGGCGAUACGCCUCUCCACGAAGCAGCUGCUACUGCUAUUUCCACUAUGGACUCCACAGCCUCAUCCGCCGUCGAUCUUCAGAUGCUCAUGGAUGCCCCCGUCCAGGCACAGCUAUUCAGUAUGAAGUCACUGACCUCUACCCAAGAGCCGGAUGAAAUCCAGCAAGAGCAUCCCAGAUCUGCAUCCAUGCCGGGAACCUCUACCUCAUCCGUAGAGCAUCCUCUCCUUGCCUCUAUCCCAAACACUUCAACCCCAAUCGCUAUUAAUUACUUUCAGACACCUAAACCAGAAUCUCCCGCCAUUCUGCCUUCUUCAACUGUGAUCACCGAUCCUACCCUGGAGUCCCCCACUUCUUCCAAUCUCCAAACUCCUUCACUUUUAGAAAUGGGUACACCAGCUGCUGAAUUCCCCUUGACUCUUGCUAAUGAUAUCAGCAUACUAACUGAAGUGGGCUCAGCAGGUCCCACCCAAAGCUUUCCUCUCUGCGCAUCCACUGGACAAUCACCCACUCCGCCUUUAAACAACAUUCCUCCCUCUUCCUCAAUAGACUCUCCCAUUCACCUAGUCACUGAAAUUCUGCCCUCUUCCCCAACAGACCUGUCUUUACCACCAAUACCAGACCAGUCUGGUCAAGUUAAUGCCAUCCCAGCUCAAUCCUUUUCUUCGCCCAUAGAUCCCGGCACUCCAUUGUUACAUUUAGUCACCCAACCUGCGAUUAACUCCAUAGAAUCUGGCCCCACUUCACCAGCCGUAUUGGAGCCAACCUUAAGUAAUGGUACUUCUCUUCUUGCCACUGUGGGUUCAGCUGCACCUCAUGCCACAACCACUGACUCUGUUACAGAAUCCAGCCACCCACUUAUGACGAACUUGACUGUUUCCUCACCUAUUGACUCAGGUACGCCUUCAGACGUCGACUUGCCCAUCACAGAAACCAACACUGCCAAUGGGGAGACGUCUUCAUGACAGACACGUUCGCUCUACAAGACUUGGUGGGCAGCCUUAUUAUCAAGAAGCAGUUCUUGUCGUGGGGGCUCAUGCCAGUCAUUGUUAGAAGUAUUUUUAUUUUCCAGCAGCCAUGACCCUAGAAUGGCAAUGCAAGGAGAAGGUCUAAAAGGAUUUGACUGAAAGGGAACAACCAUAAGGGUUGAUGCUCAAAGCGUUUUUACUCUCCGUUGGCUUCAAUGACUUAAACAGCCUUCUUAGGGGCCGUUCACACAGAGCGCGUUUUUCUAUUUCCAUUGUUUUUCUAUGUAAACACGGUUGAUGGAUGUGUAUGACGCAUCUUGCACAUGAUUUUUGGCGUUAUUAUUGAAGGACAGUUAUUAGUCCGAAAGCAAAGUGGGAGAGAGAGGGGGACUGGAUUGGGAAAGGUCCGUGAGCCAGGACUCGAACUCGGGAUACCUGAAGUGCAAUAGCGCUAUCUGUCCGCAUGCUGCCCACAAGACUAUUGGCACUGACUAUCACCACGUUCUUAAGAUGAGGUGUCAAAACAUUUUCAACUUUUACACGCAGUGCCGCUCAUCAAUGUCAGUUCCAAAACAGUGGACCAAUCAGACGACCCUGGAGGCGGAGCAAGAGUUGACAGUCUCAAGUUGGCAUGGCAAUUGUUUAAUUUGAUGGAAACAUUGCGGAGGAGGCAAUUUUUAGAUGUAAAGACGCAUUCUGUGUGAACGGACCCGUACUGUGGUGCCAGUAACUGCUUUUGGGGCAGCUAGAUCCAAAUUUCCAUGUGUUAUCAUUGAGCUUGUGUUAUUACGAACACUAAGGCCAAUAGUGACGAGUUCCCACUCCGGAAUCUCAUAUAGUCUAGUAAUUACUGAUAUCUGCUUGUUUGAUGAUAAUAAACAACAGGUAGGAUCACAUUAGUCAAAUGUGAUUAAUUCACAGUAAUUUUCUCUCAAUUUGACUGUAAUUAAGUCUAUUAAAUUUUGCGAUAUUCAGGUGGGAAUACGGCAUCUGUGAAGUCCAGUAUCAAAGGGAAGCCCAAUCACUGUAUAUUUAACAUUGGAAAUGUUUGCCAAUGUGUCUUGAAGUGGAAGGCAAAUACUUCUAUGAAUUAGGUGUCGAAGAAACACCAGUUUCUGUGUUCAGAAGAAUAAGUGCAGACAGAUAUGCAUAUUUCCAAACCUGAUGUAAAAUAGACACUACACAGAGACUGCUCAAAAUGGUAUUUGUGUCGUGUGUUUUAUUAAGCUAAUGUUUUUUAAGCUAAUCACUAGAUUCUGGUGGGGGGGGGGGGGGGGGGGUAAUUUUAAGGGAUACAGAUGAUGUACUUCAUGGCUGUGUGUCUUAACCACAAUACACUCAAUCAAGUGUAUGCAACAGACGUAUUGUGAAUGUGAAAACUUUUGUAAUUUAUGCUAUUGUGGUACUGAUGUACAGUGGUACUGACUGCUUAAAAAAAGAUUUUAGGUUACUAUGUCUGUAUCAGUGAGUGUAUGCCCAUUGGUAUUUUGUUACCAUGUCUGUGGCACUUUAUUGUUCACAGUAACAAAAAACAAAACAAAAAAAGCAUAUGAACAUGAAAAAAAUGAAACUUUCAAUGAAUGACGUUGAAGUAAUGAGAACAAAUAAUAAUUGGAGGAAUGACUACAAUUGUCAUCUUUCAUUUGUGGUACAUUUAUACCCACAGCAAUAAUAUAUUUAAAAUGUGCGACCCAUGCCAUGAGUUUAAAACAUUUCAGAUUUUUUAAAUUGUUAAAAAUCAGUCAAAAAUACUAAUAUUUAAUACUAAUUAAUUACCCUAAAAUAUGGUAUCAGGUGGGUGUGCUCAUUCAUAAGUCUGGCUAAAAUGAUUCAUUUCGGACAUGUACUUGGCACCAAACCUAACAUUACUUUGGAUAGAAUGAAAAGAAUGUUUUUCGAUGAUUGUGGCAUAUUCUUAAUCAUUCCAGCUUAUAUUUAGUUUCUUUUUACUUUCAAUAAAUAGUAUUAUUGCCCUGAAGUAUGUAAAAUUUGUAGAAAGGUUUUUGAUCAUUUUUGUCACUUUCGUAUUUCGAGUUUUUCCCAAUACGGGGCAUUUUCUUCUCAAAUAUACCAUGGCUUUCUUCUGCUGUAUCUGGUGACCUGCUUUAGCUUUUGCUACUGUUGUUACAUUUGAUAUAUACACAUUAUGAGUGAUGAUGAGUCAUUCAUUUUCAAGCAUGUUACAACAAAAGAACAAUCUGAAAAGAAAAAUCACACUUUUACAUUUACAGUCGCGAUGUGACUUGUUAGCAUGAUUUGGCUUUGAGAUUUGUCUAAACUGUUUAAAGCAAUACAAAGACUCACGUUUUUUAAGUCCCAAAAGGGAUUCGGCAUUUAAUGAAACCUAACCUAGAUUUCCUAGCCAAGAUUUUGGAGAAAGAUAAGGCCAGAACAAUAUUUAACACAAGUGUGCAAAUACUGAGGUGAAUCUUCAGCCAGUGCAUGCUUAACAUGAGCUCUUUUAUUGUUACUCUUAAUAAUCAAUAUUUAUGAAAGCAAUAGUUUUACCUUCAGUGCUUGUGCCAUUGAACCACAUUAGUUUCAAACAUACAAAACUUGCUCAGCAAGAUUAUUCAAACUGUUGAUUUGCCUGCUAGAUUGCUUAUCGCAGCAAUGCUGAGAAAGAAAUGCAUACUUGCGAUCUAAAGUGUCAAGAUUGUAAUUAAAGACACGUGAAUUUGAGCUUGCGUAGCUAGAAUUAUUUGUGGUUAUUUACUUGGAGAAGGUGUGUUUUGGGCCAGAUCCCUUCCUCCACAGCGCUGAAUUCUCAGCUCACUAUUUGACACUCGACAUUAUGAAUUAUUCAUUAAUUUGACUCUUCCAUAGGCAACUCGUGCACAAGUGUCACCCUAAUAAGAACAAUAUUUCUUGCUUUCAGGUAGAAUCACUUGACUUGCCAGUCUUAUGCAUAGCAUGUGAAGGUUGAGAGUUAAUAAUAGAGAACAGGUGCAGUGUUUAACAUUAGGUGCCCUUCACAUUUGCAGAUCAACCACUAGAUGUGAACCACAUCAAACUGACCUCUUUUAAAGCUAGUAAUCUGAUCUGUCUGAUGUGAUCGAGGAAAAAUGAAUGUUAGAGCCAAUGCAAACUCUUUUAAAUUCAAAUUUGUGAUAUCUUGAGUAUAUCUCAUAUACUUGAAAAAGGGUAUUUAAUACAGGUAUUCCCUCAGAAUGUAAGAAACAAGAAUACUGAGGAUGAAUGUCAAAAAAUUGAUUGUUUUGGGGUUUAAUGUACAUUUUUUUUAACAUAAAUAAUGCACAUGUAUAUAAAGUCAUAUGUGUCGUCAUACGUUAUUGAAUAAAAUAUAUUUAUUGAUAUUUA